AAUGCUCACUCAGAUAUUCAUUUGGCUCAAUAUUUUAGAAGCUGUCAUAAGGAAAUAUCUGUUAAAUACCAUCUAACUUUAGAAAAGAUUUUUCCAGUGAUCUGCUUCACACGUGAUGCGCCCAUGCAAACGACGGUUUUUUUUCCUCUAAAAUGAAAGUGAAACUCGGUAACUGCCAACUCUGUGGUGCUCGAGCAACAAGGAGAAGCUUCUACCAAUGUACAAUCAUGGGUUUAAUCUUAAAGAUACUUAUUUACUUGUAUCUAUGUGCAGGUGUACAGUGCGUCGAUCAGGUAUCAUGGCUGCCCUGUCAGUUCACUGAUGAACAUGUGUCUGUGAAUAAUGAGGGUCACACGGAGACUCAGAACCUCCACAGAGAGGCUAUGCUGCAGUUUGGUCAAAAAGGAGACACCCCUAUUAAUCCACAUGCCAUCACGUUCCUGGUCACCGGAUCCAAGUUGGACAUGCGGCGGUAUGUGGAGGGUGUGGAAGCAGAUCAGUUGGAGUGUGAGAUCCGUAGGUACAGCACAGCAGGCAUCCAUGUCCGCUGGCCUGUAAAGGGGACCAGUGAGUACAACCGCUGGUUCAGCUGCACCUUGAAACACACCAAGGGCCUGUUCACCGUCACCAGCUUCCUCAGACACCCAUCUCACCAACCGCCCUCUGGACAGCAGGACUACCGCAGCUGGUCUACUAUCGGCGACACAGAGAUACUCAUCACAACAGUUGCCAUGGUCAUGAAAACACAAUCUCCAUCAGUGAAAGCAAACCUGGGGUCCCAACAAAAGCUCCACUGCCACUUUGCCGUCGACCACAAGGCACCAAACAUCACCGUGGAGUGGCACUUGCAAAAUCGAGGAGAGAGAACCGAACUCUUCAGCCAUACCAGCCGCUCAGGGCAGACUCGGGGGACUGGGGUUGGGCUGAGGAGUCUCGCAGACGGGGACGCUUCUUAUAUACUCCCCUUCUCCAAGAUGAGCAGUGAAGGGACGUACAUUUGUUCAGUGUCAGUGAUGCCGCUGUUCGGCAGUCUGGAUAUAAGUCUGCAUAUCGAAGAGCCUCCCCGUGUCUCCCUCAAUGUCGCACCUACUCUCUCACUGCAGGAGGGUGGGGAGCAGAAGGUGGUUUGUGAGGCAGAGAGCUACUACCCUCUGGAUGUGGAGAUAAUUUGGUAUCAGCAGGACCCGGCAGUGGCAGGCCAGAGGGUCGGUGCUCCUCUCCCCAAGGUGCUGCAGAACGUUCUGCUGUCCAGCCACAAACACAACUCGGACAAGACCUUCUCGCUUUCGGCUUUCUUCUACCUCCAGGCUUCGCUCAGGGACUCAGGCAAGCAGUUUAUAUGCAGCGUCUCUCAUCAGUCCCUGCGAGUGCCCAUCAGAAAGAGUUUCAUUCUGAAUGUUGAAGAACCAGUCAGCUGGCUUUUUUACCUCACUCUUUGCUUCACUGUGGUCAUACUGUUGGUCAUCCUGAGUGUGCUGCUGCUCUACUUGUACUCAGUAAGAAAGCGGUCAGUGCAGAAAAAACCAUACUGAGGACGGACUAAGCAGAACAUCAUGAACACCAGUGAAGGCAGAUUGUCUCCCUCAACCCUCCUCCCUCGUUAGUUUUUAUUUUAGAAUGUCUUAGAUGUUUGUUUUUUGGUUUUUUGAAAAGAUGAAUUUGGGUUUCUGUGAAACUAAAUGUAUGGGUUUUUUACUUUCUGCUUUGAUUUUGCUGAUGCUAAAAACUAUUGAUGAGAAAAGGCCUUUUUCAUCAUGUCACUGUAGGAAAUGCUCAGGCAUAAAUAAUAAGCUGAAUUCCAUUUAGCCGCCUCAGUUUCAAGGUCAUGCUCCUAGUUAACGCUGCCUCAUUGUCACACUGAAACAGGCAGGCUUGAAUAAACAGAGACAUCGUUUAUGAUACUAGUAACAUCUGUGUCUUUUAGCCAUGCUAGCGAAAUAUUGUCAAAACAUCUCAUUUGAUGGAUUGUUAUGAUAUUUUGUACAGACAUUCAUGGUCCCCAGAGGAUGAAUCAUGCUGACUCUGGCGAUCCCCUGAUUUUUUCUCUUUCGCCACCAUGAGGUUGGAUGAAUUGCUGAAGUUUUUACUAGCAUUAUCACUAUAAGCAUGCUGAUGUGAGCUUUUAGCUCAAGUCACAGAGCUGCUAGCAUGGCUGUAAACUGUUGGAUUUGUUCUACUGUAACAAGUCAAAAUGUCUGCUGUUAAAAGGCCUAUAUCAAGUCAUCACUAAACACCAGUCCCACUGGCCGUUGAUAACAGUUGCCUUCUAGUUGCUGAUAAUGCAAUAAUUAGUCACAAUGCAAUGUAAUACAGCUGCGGUAAGUCUAAAAUUUCACAAAACCAGAUUGUUGGACAAUGUAAUAAUUAAAUUUGACUCUAAAUGUAAUACACCCAUCAAUGAAUCUAAUAAUGCCUUUAAAUGAAUACUGAAGAAGAAUAAAUGCCACAUACUGUUAAUAAACAUUAUAUAAUACCUCAUCUAUAAUUUGAUAUCAAUUAUUAAUAAUUUGAUAAGGUACUACAUUACCAGAGUUUUUGUCUUUAUCUUUGGCUACAUGUGAGUGAUAUUAAAAAUUUCUUGGAGAAAGGAA